UGUGAACAAUAGCCUACACUUUCCACCAUGUGAAGCUUCCCAAAGACAUAGGCGUACUUGAAAAAACCAGCAAGGAAAUUUUCGUAAAUCCAUUAUAAAACCCAUAACAAGCGCAACUCUCCUUUCUUUCUUCUUCUAAAGUCCAGAGAGAAACUCCAAUGAAUAUAUAGAAGCAAAGAGUCCGCCAAUCCGAUUGUCAUUUGCUGACCCUUUGAUCUAAGUAAUAUUUUAAACUUUUGAGAUCUGAAUCUGAUAAAAAAAAAAAAGGAGAGCAAUGGAAGAUCUGAGAUCAGCUGUGGAGGAGCAUAUGGAAUUAAUGGUGGAUCUAAUUCAGAAGCUAUCCUCGGAGCUCCGUUCGGGUCUCCGACCCGCCUACGAUAACUUCAUUGGUUUCUUUUACGCCAUCGACUGGAAGGAACCAUGGUUAAUGUGCUUACUGGCAUUCCAUGUUACCUUACUGAUAAUAACAAUCUUCUCCAGGAAGAAUACUAACUUCCAGAUGUGUUUGUUCCUUCUGGAAUUGCUUGGUGUAUAUUUUGCUGAGUCACUGAAUAGAUUCCUUGGUGACAACUGGAAGAAAUUUGCAACCCAAAAUUAUUUUGAUCCAAGUGGACUUUUUUUAUCGGCACUCUGGUCUGGGCCUCUUCUCACUAUUGCAAUCAUCAUCUUGAUAAACACUCUCUUUUCCAUGUGUUACCUAAUAGUUAGAUGGAAAAAGGCCGAACUCAGGCACCGUGCAAGGCUUUCUCGUAACAAGCAGGAUUAAAAUUGCCUGGUGCUGCAUUGCUUCCUCUUCUAUUUUGAUAAGCAUGUGAAAUACAUGUUAACCUCAUUUAUAGCACUGUUUGUUCUUUACUUCUUUUUAUAUAGGGGGUAUUUUAUAGCAUUUCUUGUUCUUUACUUGUUUUCAUAUUUAGAAUUGUUCCCUUGCGUCACGGUCUCCUUUCAGGAUGUUUCAGAUGGUGCAAGAUAAAUUUUCCAUUUCUAUUUCAUCCGUUAAUUAAGUUGUAAAUCAUUAGAUGGCCUGGCUAUCUGCUCUAGCUUUGUUUACCAUUCAAGUUCUAAAUUAAGCAAAAUUUUCAGCUAUUUCUUUUUCCUCUCAAAUGCCUGUUGUUCAGGGACAUAUAAAAUGGUUUUAGUAUUAUUUUAUCUGUCUUGUCUGGUUCUACUACAAUUAGGGAUAUAUAAAAACGGUUUUGAUUUUGGUAUUGAAAUGGUGGUAGUGGUGAGGAAAUAGAGGCUGGGAUAGUGAUUUUUGGUGUUGGAAUGUGAGUGCUUUGGAUUGUGUUUGGGUGAUGAUGGCAGUGAAAUGCUGGUGGCUAUGAGAGUUUUUGAGUGGUUUUGGGGGAUGUUUCCUGGUGGUGGCUGGUUAUGGUGGCUUUGAUGGAGGUAGGGGAUUAGUAAUUUUUCUUUAUUGUUGUGAUUAGGGGUGUAAACAAUAUAUUUAUAAUUGCAAGUUAGUCGGGCUCAAUUCAAAAAAAAUUUGAAUUCAACUCAAUUAUUAUCAAGCUGAGUUUGAAUCCGAGCAGCUCGACAUAUCAAUCGAGCUGAAUUCGAACAUCUUUAUACCUUCUUCAUGUAGCUCGUGAGUCUAAUGGAAAUUUUCAAAUUUAAUAUAUAUUUUAUUGUUUUAAUUAAAAAAUAAUUUUUUUACCCUUAUAUAUAUAUAGACGCACACACAAGUAACCUAACCUAAAAUUCCCAAACUCACAAUUUGCUAACUUUUUCACAAUGGCGCCUUCUUCCUCUGAAUCCUCUCUCACUCUUUCUCUUGAUCCCAUCCCAAUCCCAAGUCCCGACUGUAGCAGGUAACCUUCUGAUGAUCUUUAGUCUCUGCUAGCUCUUCCUUUCCUAGCCUUUAGAAGAAUAUUUCCUUUAUUAUCUUGUUUCAGAACAGUAUGAUUCAAGCUCACUUUCUGAGUUUUAGCUCACUCCUCCACUCAUGUGUUUUCUUGAUCCUUCACUCUUUUACCUCUUCUCUGUUGGUACGAUUUCUUCAAUUUCUCCUUUUACUCUUUGAUUUUUAACGUCUAACAUACAAAUCAUUUCUUGGUUUGAUUUCGUUUACAUGAUUUAGGGUUUCUUAUUAUGAUUUCUUUUUGUUUUAGGGUUUCCGAAAUCACCCAGCGAAUGAUUGUUUUGAUUUUUGUGUUGAUUAUGAUAAUGUUGAUUUAUUCAAUUUGCUGCAUUAAUUAGGGGACUUGGUGCAUAUGUUCUCAGUUGCAUCUUCUGAUGAUUUGUGUGCUGAGGUAACAUUCCUGAUAGUUGUUAUUUUGGAACUAUAUUUCUUAAAGAAUUAACUGUAAGCAGAACUAUCAGUUCCUUACAUGUUUAGUUUGAUACGCUUCUAGAAUUAGUUAAGUAAAUAUGUCUGUUCUUCAAGCUUUUAUUUCCUUUAUUUUUCAAAGAAGAAUAAUAAUUUUACGCUAUUUACUUUUGCAAGAUAACAAGGUUUAAGUUAUUUAGUGAUACUUUAUAAAUUUUCGAUUAUGGCUUAGUCUCUCCUGAUCCCAGGAGACCUAGGUAUACUGCCAUAACUAUUGUGUUUGUUCAUUCUAUGAAUUAUUUGUUCUGGACCUUAAUUAAUUGCAAUUAGUUGUGUUUUUUUGUGGUAGCAAUUUAUAAUUUGUUUGUGAUUGACUUUUGUUCAGCUUUUGGUAGCCUUCAAAGAGCGUU